AUGGGUAUCGCGGAAGGAGGCACAAAUCUGGAUGUAAACAACGGGAACAGCAGCAACAGCAACGGCAGCAGCAACAGCAACAGCAACAGCAACAGGUUGCCUCGCAAAAGACCAGCUGAAGCUCAAGCACCACCAGAUACACAACAAGAAGCAUGGCCGCAGACCGACGACGAAAGGAUUAUUCUCCACUUUGUUAUUGAAAAUAAACAGCCUUCCCUGAAAUCUCUUCCCGUGGGCAUCAAGCAAAAGAGCAUUCUCGCCACCUGCAACUAUGUGGCCCGUGGUAGGGGGGUAAAGAAGCUCAUGCGCAUAUCCGAGGCACGGGAGUUAUGUCCUGAUCUGGUCUUGGUUGACGGGGAAGACCUCACCCCUUUCAGAGACGUUUCCAAGACCCUCUACCAAAUCCUCCGUUCCUUUUCGUGGAAUCACCGGGCUGAACGGCUGGGCCUGGACGAGGUCUUCCUCGACGUGUCUGACAUCGUGUCUUUCAACCUUGGUUUGCUGAACCCGCAUGGAGUUGCCAAUUCGUUCUUCUGUCUGUCGAACACAGACCCGGAGCUGGGGUUUGCGUUUGAUGCCACGGCUUUUGCGGGCUGUGUGGUAGCGCCAUCCUGGUCUCCGAAUGGCAGCCGCGGCGUUUUCGAGCCAGACGAGGCCCCGGGGCUUCUUCGUACACGUCUGCUUCUGGCAUCUCACCUGGCGCAUCAUAUACGCCUCCGGCUCGAGCAAGAGGGCUACACAAGCGCCUGUGGCAUCUCAGUAAACAAGCUUCUCGCCAAACUGGUGGGCAAUCAAAACAAACCCCGCAACCAGACGACUCUCGUUGCCCUCUCAAGGGCAGACACCUUGUCAUUUGUAGACCAGCACUCCCUGCGUAGCCUUCCGGGAAUAGGAGGCAGCAUGGCAGCCAUUAUGGAGCAGCACACAAGCUCCACCUCCCCUGACAAGCCCCUCAAGGCCGGCCAAGUCCGUCUUCAACAUGACCUAUCUCCCUACCUCCUCGAGAAAAUCCUGCAGCCCCUGGGGUUGGAGAAAGGCACAGGGCAGAGGACGUACCGCACACUCCACGGCAUUGACACGGCAGAGGUCAAGUUCGCAUGCGACUUCCCAGUUCAGAUCGGCAUAGAGGAUACGUAUGCAAGCACCGGCCUUUGCACCAUUGCGCAGAUAACACGACAAUUAGUCAAGCUUUCCGCCUCGCUCAUCCGCCGCAUGCGCGCGGAUCUAACAAAAACGGUUAGUGCUGCCGACGGCUCCGAAACUGUGAUGUGGCUCGCCCGACCCAGGACCCUGCGCCUCACCACUCGCCAGCGGCAUCCCCCCACCGGCCCGCGUCCGCCAUACAACAGCAACCGUACUUCGCGCAGUCAACCGCUGCCCAGCUUUGUCCACGGCUCCACCACUCAGCCGGCAGAAGACCUUGCUGCCCGCUUGGUCGACGAGACGUUGCUACUCAUGUUUUACAAACUAAACCCCCCGCCCCGCGGCCCCGGGAAGGCUGGAUAUAACAUAGGCCUCCUCAACAUCUGCGUCACUGGCAUGGUCGCUAGCGGUGCGGACUCCAAGACAAGCAGCGGCCGGGAUAUUGUGGGCAUGUUCCGUAGGCAGCAUGAAGUCCUUCGUGAAUUCACCGCAUAUGAUCAAGAUAACGUUAAUGGGGACAGAUCGACAAGGUCCAGUCCUCCUCCUGCCGAUCCAAAUACCACCCAAGAAGAGACCGUGGACGAUGCCGCCGACGAGGACAGUCUGGAAACAGACUGGGACGGUGGUUCGCUCGCCUGUGAUUUUUGUGGUCAUGCCAUCCCGGCCUUUGCGAUCCUGGCUCAUCAACGCUUCCACCAGCUCGAUGGCGACAGCUAA